UGAUCUAGGCCAAUAACAAAGGUGAUUGUUGCGUAAUCCUUCACUGUCCCUCAUGAUCAAACCAUCACAUCUAUUAUUCUGACUCAUGAUGCCAACAUCUAAUCUUAACCAAUAACAUUUGUCUCGCUGACGGCAGGGUGCAGAUUGCAGAAAUUAUGCACAGUCCUGCAAAGCUAUCCCCCUAGCUGUCAACAAAAAAAAGGCCACAUACGUAGAAUUUAAUUUUUUCACCAUUUUAGGUUGACGUUGCUGUGAAUGAAAACCAUACUAUGGCACAUUACCUGCUGUGACCUUUCUGAUGAUAAUCCUCCCAGGAGGACCAGAACUGUAAUUUGGAGUAUUUGGCAGACUUAAUAAUGAACAAGUACAGAAAUCAAGUAACUGAGAGGAUCAUAAAUCUCACGCUGGAGAUAAUCUACCUGCUGACUGGAGAGCAUUAUAUGGUUGCUAAGAAGCAUGAUGAGCAUGUCAAACAAAGCAGCAGUCCCCAUGUGACAGAUGGAUCUUGCAGGAACAAGAGUCCCAGCAUGGUAUCUCCACCUCACUCCCUAAUCCAUGAGAGGAGCAAUGACAAAAAGAUCCUGGAUCUGACCAAUAAGAUAAUUGAGCUGCUGACUGGAGAGGUUCCUAUAAGGUGUGAGGAUGUUACUGUUCAGUUCUCCGUGAAAGAGUGGGAGCACUUCGAAGGAGGCGAGAUUCUGUGCAAAAAAGGGGAGAUGGAGACUCACCAGACCUUUGGCUCACUUGAUGAAACCGAGACGCAGAAUACACAAGAAGCCCGUGCAAGUCCCUUUUCUUCACAAGUGCAUGUAAUAGAAGAUAAAAUGGACAUUGACAUAAAUCCAGACGUGACAUGUAUGAGAAUAAUUAAGCCAAAAAGAAAACAAAGAAAUACGAAGGAGGAAAUGGUCUCAAAUGAAGAAAAAAAUAUCACAGACCCUGAUACACUUACAGCACAUACAGAAUGUACAUCUACUGAUGUUAAGGAGGAAGUAGACUCGUGUAUUAAAGGAAAACCCUCAGAAAUGUAUGUAUCUACAGAGCUUACACAGACACAAUAUACAUCUACUCAGAUUAAGGAGGAAAUAUCGGGUGGAGGAAAUCUCACCGAAACCCUGGCAGAGUCUACACCAACAGAUAACACAUCUACUGAUAUUAAAGAAGAAUCAGCCUCCGGUAAUAAAGAAAAACCCAUAGACAUGGAUAUUUAUAAACCCACAGAAUAUACAUCCAGUCAUAUUAAGAAGGAACCAAUCUUGUGUGAAGAAAAUGCUAGAGAAACUGACAUUUAUAAACCCACAGAAGAUACACCGAUAGAUUAUAUAUCCACUGGUAUUAAAGAGGAAGUACCCUCAAGGGAAGCAGUAAAUCUUACAGACAUUUAUUCACCCCCAGAGAAUACAAAGACAGAUGAUAUACCUUCUCAUAAAAAUAAGAAAUCGUUUUUUCGUGGAAGAAAAAAUAUUACAUACACAAACAUUUGUUCAACCCCAAAACAAACACAGAGAGAAUACACGUCAACUUAUAUUGAUGAUGAAUUGUCUUUAUGUAAAGAGGGAAAUCUUACAGAUGUAAUUUUUAGACUACCAGAUUAUUUUCAGACAGAAUACUCCUGUACGCCUUUAAAGAAGCACCAAAAAUGUCAUCGUCAGGUGCCAGAAAGAGAGAAAAACUUCCCAAUAAUCAAUAGUACUGCGUGGGGUGGAAAUGAUACUAGCUCUACUUCUACCUCUCAACAUGGAAGACGCACCACAGAACGUGUAUAUAACUGUACUGAAUGUCAGAAAAGUUUCACUAGUAACGCAGAUCUUGUUAAACACAAGGCAGUUCACAAAGGAAAGAAGCUGACUUGUUCAGAAUGUGGGAAAAUCUUUUCUUCUAAAUAUAAUCUUCUUGUACAUUAUAGGACUCACACAGGAGAAAAACAGUUCUCCUGCACCGAAUGUAAUAAGUGUUUUUCUGUAAAAUCAAAUCUUAUUUCUCACCAGAGAAUCCACAGAGGAGAAAAGCCGUUCUCGUGUUCUGAAUGUGGAAGAUGUUUUUCUGCUAAAUCAAGCCUUAUAUCACAUCAGAAGAUCCACACGGGAGAGAGACCAUUCAUAUGUUCUGUAUGUGGGAAAUGUUUUAGCCGCAGAUCACAUCUUACUUCACAUCAGAAUAUACACACACGGGAAAAGAAUUUCCCAUGUUCUACAUGCGGCAGCUGUUUUACGGCUAAAUCAAGUCUAAUUAAACAUCAGAGAAUUCACACCGGAGAGAAACCUUUCACAUGCUCUGUGUGCGGAAAAUGUUUCACUCAAAGCUCAAACCUUGCUUCACAUCAAAGGAUUCAUUUUGUAGAGAAGACAUCGUCCCACUGUACACAAGAAGAUCUUUUUAGUGUUAGUUCAGGUAUUGCUGGACAUGACGUGGACCAUAUCGAUAAACAGAUUGCUUUUUACUAAUUUUCAUUGAAUAUUUAAGUGUAAACAUUUCUGCAUAGGUCACACAUGGACAUUGUGAUUCAGAAUGAUGGAUAGUUUGUAUUUUUCUUGUUAAUCAAUACAUACAUGUUCCAGAUAUGUAUGAACCAUUGAACUAAUGAUAGUACAGAUCCUUGUAUGAUAUAUUGAUCUGUGCGCUGAACUUUAGCACUUUUGUUUUGUUGACCCUAUUACAGGACAGAUUGUGAUAAGCUUGAAUCAUUGGUGAUAUUGUGCAUUUAAAUGCGUGUAGUAAUUAUUCUAUUCUUGUUUUAUUUUGUGAUUUACAGAACAUAAAAUAAGCAAUAAGUUGUUGCUAUAAAUGUUCCAAUUAACACAA